GCAUCUCAUCUGCCACUGUGCGGAGAACAGUUUGAUAUGGAGAAAGAAGUUAUUCCAAGAAAAAUCUUGUCUGGAUGGAUAAGUUUCGUUAGAAAAUGUUUCUUUCGAGUUCUUAGAGUUGGUCCAAUCCCCUCUCAUAUUGCUGUCAUUAUGGAUGGGAACCGAAGAUAUGCCAAAAAGAAGAAGCUAGAAGAAGGGGUAGGUCAUGAUGCAGGGGCUUUUGCUCUCUUGUGCUUGCUUAUUUAUUGCUACGAGCUUGGCGUGAAACAUCUGUCUGCUUAUGCCUUCAGCAUCGAUAAUUUCAAACGAAAGCCAGAGGACGUUAAAAAAAUUAUGGAUUUGUUGAGGGAAUGUAUUCCUCUCUUGACUAGGAUAGUGAAGCAUCGUCCAAUCAGAGUUCAUUUUGCAGGAAGCUUAGAACUGUUGAGUGCAGAUAUUAGAAUUCCAGCCAAGAGACUUAUGGAAGCUACUGCUGAUAACUCUAAAUUUAUCUUCACACUUUGUGUUGUCUACACUUCCACCGAUGAGAUCAUGCAUGUGGUUCAAGAAUCUUGUAAAGAAAAAUGCGAUCAUAUUCCAGAAAUCAGGGCAAAUGAUGCUAGCAACGGUUUACUGGGUGAGAAUGGAGAUAGUCAUCAGGGUGAUCAAGACCUUAUAAAGUUAGUAGAUAUUGAAAAGCACAUGUAUAUGGCCAUUACACCAGAUCCUGACAUUUUGAUCCGCACAGGGGACGAGCACCGCCUAAGCAACUUCCUUCUAUGGCAGACUUCUUGCUGCCAGUUGUCUUCCUUGGUCACACUUUGGCCGGAGAUUGGCAUCUGGCAACUGGUGUGGGUGGUCUUGAAUUUUCAGCGAAACCACCAUUAUUAUGGGAGGAAAAGAAAUGCAGCUGUAGACCUUGUAAAUGGUUCAUACUCUUCGUCCUCUCCACCUAGUCAAUCAUAGUAUGUCGUUAUUAUUCUGGUCAGCGAGUUCUUUCUUGUGUCAGAGUUGAUACUCUUGUCCCACAAUAACAUGUUACAUACAACUGCAAUAAACAAGAGACUAUGCAGUAUGCACUGUCAGUAGGAUACAA